GACCUACAGAACAUUCCCGAUUGCAGUCACAGAACGCAGCAGCUUGCGUAGAAAAGCAGCAAACAUAAAACAUACAAACAUGUUGAAAGUUGUUGUGGGACUAGUGACUGUUUGUGUCCUGCUCGCAGUCACCAGUGGUCAAAUAGACCCUACCACCAGCACGGUAGCACCGACUACCACCACGGUGGCACCGACCACCACCACCGUAGCACCGGCCACUACCACCACUGUGGCACCGGCCACUACCACCACUGUGGCACCUGGACAAACAACCACCACCACCACAGUUGCAUCUGGGCCAAUAACCACUACCGGAAGUACCGAUACAACGACACCUUCAAGUGCCCCACAGGAUGUGAAAGCUGCCCUCCUACCAGUGCUGUUGGGAGCAUACGUGGCAAUGUCGAUACUAGUCAACUAAUUGUACCAUGCGGUAAACAUAUCAUUACUUUAAGUAGUCUACUUUCAACAUAGUUUGGUGCGACUGAAAAACGUGUGAAGAAGCGGUUUGGUAACACAGAAUAAAUUUAAAUGGAAAAACAGUA